ACAAUCCAUAUCGAAAUCCGGAUCUUACGCUCCGAGACGUCUAGUACAAUGUCUCUUUCCUCAAUUCGGAUCAUUUAAGAAGAUCCAAAUAAUUGUAAUAUUCUCAGGCGUCCUCGCUGCUUUUUGACUCUCACCCCUGGCUUCGGUCCUCAGAAUAGCCUUGCUGCCUGAGGCCUUCAAACAUCACGUGCACGCUAAGCAUCGCCAAAUUUUCCGCGGCCUUUAAAUUCAAAGUGCAGCCUCCAAAAGUUUCUGCAUCACCCAAAAGUUGUCGAACAAUGCGGCUGUAUCUAAUACGCCACGGAGAAACAGUUGAUAAUGUAGCACAACUGUAUGCAGGUUCACGAGACUCGCCUCUCACGAACCAUGGCUUCCAACAGGCAACCAGACUCGGCCAGCACCUCCACAGUCAGGGUGUGAAGUUCAGCCGUGUAUUUUCCUCGGACUUGCAGCGCGCAGUCAAGACGGCCGAGCAGGUUCUCAAGCCGCAUGCAGAGCAGGAUGAUGUUGUUCCACAUACCAAGGUCGCCUUGAUCCGCGAGCAGGACUUCGGUUCGUUUGAAGGGGCGACGUUUCUACCUCGCGCAAAAGCUCCGGGUAUCCCGCUCGCUCAUGAGGUCGACGCGAAUGCCGCGUACCAUGUGCCCAUGGAGUCGAUCGAUAGCAUGGAAAGGCGGGUGGAUGAGUUCCUGGCGGACCACUUGAUCUCGGCCGUUCAUGGAACCGAACGGCUGGAAAAUCAAUCCAUCGCUGUGGUCUCGCAUGGUAUAACAUUAUCGGUCAUGUGGGGGAGACUCCUGGCUCGGUUUUUGCCAACGAAAUCUGUCGCGUUCCAUCAAGACCUCAGCUCCCUUCGAUCUCCUCCAAGUCUGGAAGGACUUGGAAAUUGGUCGAACACUGGGUAUCUAGAGCUUGAUCUCUUCCGGGGCCCGGAAACGGUCCUGCGUGGUCUGAAAGAACCUGCACCCGAUACAGACACCGAGGUUGUAGCCGAGACGACUGUGGUUAUGCAACAGGACAAGGAGAAAUCCGAGUCGGUUGUAUUAACCCUUGAUGGCUGGACUACUACGAUCAGAGUCGUCAAUGGGCGAGAUCAUUUGACCGGACUCAAGCGAACUCGAGGCGGAGUCGGCAGUUCUCGCUUCGGCUUCCUUGUUGAACCGCUUGUUGUAGCUUGGUCCUCUCGUUGGAGGCAUUGACGAUACCAAUUGAUCUAGGAAUCGCAUUGGCAUCGUGGUAGUGUUGAGACAUGGUGAUGGGAUGAGUAAUUGCUUCUGCAAUUCAGAUGAACGGGAGCUACUAGAACUAUGAAUUAAUUGAAUACCAUAUUUUUGAUCACAUGC